GGGUACUAGAAGCUUCUGUUAACGCCGGGCUGGUGGAGUGCGGGAUUGGGCAUUGACUGGCUUUGCGUGUUUCGGGUGGAAAGACAUCCGUGUGAUAAUGGCAAACUUCAACAAGGGACCAGCCUACGGCCUCUCCGCUGAGGUGAAAAACAAGAUUGCACAGAAAUAUGACCCUCAAGUGGAAGAGGAUCUGCGUCUUUGGAUAGAAGAAGUGACUGGCAUGAUAAUUGGCGAAAACUUCCAACAAGGUUUGCGGGAUGGCGUCAUUCUCUGCAAUCUCAUAAAUAAACUGCAGCCUGGAUCAAUCAGGAAGAUAAAUGAAGCAAAAUUAAACUGGCAUAAGCUGGAGAACAUUGGAAACUUCAUUAAGUCAAUGCAAGAGUAUGGUAUGAAGCCUCAUGAUAUUUUUGAAGCCAAUGACCUGUUUGAGAAUGGAAACAUGACCCAAGUUCAGACCUCUUUGGUGUCUUUGGCUGGUUUGGCAAAGACAAAAGGAUUUCAUACAUCAGUGGACAUUGGGGUCAAAUAUGCUGAAAAGCAGAGAAGACAGUUUGGAGACGAAAAGAUGAAAGCUGGCCAAAGUGUCAUAGGCCUACAGAUGGGAACAAACAAAUGUGCAAGUCAAGCUGGUAUGACGGCCUAUGGGACCCGAAGGCACCUUUAUGACCCUAAAAUGCGAACAGAUAAGCCAUUUGACCAGACUACAAUAAGCCUACAGAUGGGAACAAACAAAGGAGCCAGCCAGGCUGGCAUGCCUGCUCCAGGAACAAGAAGAGAUAUUUACGAUCAGAAAGCAGUAUCACAACCAGCGGACAACUCUACUAUUUCACUGCAAAUGGGAACCAAUAAAGUCGCCUCCCAGAAAGGAAUGAGCGUCUAUGGCCUUGGGCGGCAAGUGUAUGAUCCAAAGUAUUGCGCUGCCCCCACAGAACCCAUCAUUCACAAUGGAAGCCAAGGAACCGGAACGAAUGGAUCUGAAAUCAGUGAUAGUGAUUACCAGGCUGAGUAUCCCGAUGAAUAUCAGGGAGAAUACCCCGAUGACUAUCCUAGGGAUUACCACGGCCAGUACAGUGACCAGGGAAUAGAUUAUUAGAUGUAUACAAUGUAUUCAGUAUUAGUUCCUUUUAUUUUAUUCAAUGAAAGCCAAGCUAGCCUUGUGUAAUUUACUUGUCUUCCUUAAACACUACUAUGCUUUAAUAAUGAAACAAUUUGCCUUAUUUACAUUCCUUUUCCACCUUUUAUCUCUAGUUGCCUUUUAGUGCUGAGACGGAUCUUAAUCUACAGCAUUACCAGUAAUUUCAUAUGAAGUAAAAAAAAAAAAAAA